GGAGCCAGUUUGGUUGCGUUUUUACCCGUACUUAGGCGCGGACCGGCGUGUCCUUGGGAUUAGAGAGCGUCGGGACGUUUGGCUUUUGAGCGGGAACGGCCUAGUCGUACACGGAGAAAGAACGAUUUAAAAAUGUGUGAUGUUGAGAAGGGCAAGAAGAUUUUUGUUCAGAAGUGUGCCCAGUGCCAUACUGUGGAAAAGGGAGGCAAGCACAAGACUGGGCCAAAUCUCCAUGGUCUGUUUGGGCGAAAGACAGGUCAGGCUGUCGGAUUCUCUUACACAGAUGCCAACAAGAACAAAGGCAUCACCUGGGGAGAGGAGACGCUGAUGGAGUAUUUGGAGAAUCCCAAGAAGUACAUCCCUGGAACAAAAAUGAUCUUCGCUGGCAUUAAGAAGAAGGCAGAAAGGGCAGACUUGAUAGCUUAUCUCAAAAAAGCUACUAAUGAGUAAUAGUUGGCCACUGCCUUAUUUAUUAUGAAACAGAUGUCUCAUGACUUUUUAUGUGUACCAUAUUUAAAUUGAUCUCAUACACUAGAAUUCAGAUCAUGAAUAGCUGAUGUAAUAUUUCUGUCCUGAUUUAAAUAAGAUUGGCUUGUGGCUAAAUGAAUAUGGUCAGCUUUUUGAAUUUUGAUAGUAAUUCUGGUUCAGCAAGUACUGUCACUGUUUUCCCCUUCUAAAGAGAUGAUUAAACUUGAAUAAGGAAUGUUAAACUUUUCAGGGAUAUGGUGAAUGCCUUCUCAGACCCUAUAGGAGAUUGGUUUUAUAUUUAGAUUUCUAUAACUGGUUAUAUUAAUAUAUUUAAAUAUUGAGAAGCUCCCUUCACUGUCUCAUAGACCAGCAAGAUUCACCUGUGUUUCAAGUUGUGUUCAUUCACCUGUUAAGGCAAGGCUGAAGAUACAUUGACAGUGUCCACUUUAUCUUUUUGGUCUUAAAUAUGCCAAUUUAAUUAAAAUUCUCCAUCUAAAAUAUUGCGUUUUACUUAAUGAAGGGCAUUUUAGUGUGGUUUAUGUAUAGCAUCAGAUAAAGAAUAUUUAGUACUUCUCAUUUUAUAGAUGAUCUUUAAGAUCAGAUGUUUUUAAAAUUCACUGUGACAUGAUAGGUUGGGAAACUUGCUUGUGAAUUCUUUACAAAGUCAGACUAAGUUAUAAUUCAGGAUUGUCUUUUAAACAGGUAUCCAGAAACACAACUGUAGAACUACUGUAGAUGUGUGACUGGUAAUGAUGCUUUUGCCAACUCAGAAGGGUUAAGGUAGAGGAGCUCUAUCAUUAGCACAGAUUUGUAAAUUAUCUGAUCAUAAGGCUUGAGAAUUAAAAACAAAGUCACA